GGUUCAAGAUGAUGUACACCAGUGGUAAUUUUGCAGUCAGUAAACACGUUGAUCUGACUGCCGACAGUUCCAUCCGCAGUAUAUGGUCUCCUGGGUAUCCGGGUUUAUAUGGAGGGGCAUACCAUCUUACCUGGAGGAUAUAUUCAGGAUCAUUGACAGAAGCCAUUCGUAUGGCUGUUGAAGAAUCACAUCUUCCGUACAACCCUAACUGUAGCAGUGAUUACUUGGAAGUAUGUGACGGCUAUGACUCGUCGAGCACAUCUCUGGCAAAGUGGUGCGGAGACGAGAGACCAUCUGUAGAGAGCUCAGGACCACACGUGUUUAUAGAAUUCCGUGCUAGUGGUUCCAAGAACCAUGGUGUGUUUGUGAUCAAAUAUAGUACUAUAGUCGACUUGAAACCCCAAAACCCACACAACCCACAAGAUGAGUUUGAAACCAUCUUCACUGUACUAGCUACACCCAUCCUGGUCUUCCUCAUACUCUCCAUCAGUUUAAGUGCUUGGAUAAUUCGCCAGAAACGACGUCAUCGGUCAUCAAAUACUGCCUGUGCUGUAAUGGCCACCACGAGGUCUUCAGACCCAGUAGCAUCCGAUUACGAUCCUAAUCACUGGGUGAUUAUGCCAGUAGCAUCCGACCCCCUUCCUAAUCUCGAGGCGAUGAUGCCUUCUACGGGAACUGGAGGUGAAACAGAAUUGCCACCCCCAUACACUGCAGUUGGUGAUAGUCAACCUCCCCCGUCAUACGAUAGUCUGUUUUGCCUCAACAGUGGGAAAUGCUGAUAUGGAUCAUUCCCCACAACAAAGAUGUAGUUCCUUCUACAAGAUGUAUCAGUAUCAAACAGCAGCAUCGUUGAAGUCCUUCGUUAUGACAAAAUGUGUUCUGGGAAAACGAAAUCCUACGAUAACUGUUUCCUACAGCAUUCUGAUGCAUAUAGACGCAAUGAUAACAACAUACUUGUAGAAUGAUCAUGGUGUUGUGCA